AACGGACUAAAUAAAACGGAGUUUAAUCUGAUAAUAAAUAAACACAUUUAAUACAAAUGGAAUAGAAGCCUGUGGUUUGUUAUGCAUAUAAAUUUAACCAUCUGGAUCGUGUUAAUGAAACAGUCGUUUUAGGUCAUUUGUUAUAUGCGGAGAAGCAUAAUACACAGGGGGCGCUAAGAAACACGCACUUAGCCCGGAUUCAAACGGAGUCCCUCUUGAAAAUGCAGGAAGCUCGUUGUGCCGGAAGCUAAAGGUCAGAAAUAAUCGCGGCGUGUCUGUCGUACGUCCCGCCGGUUUUCGUGCGCUGGUGACUUAUCGAUGGUAUAUCCGCACCGAGCCAGUGCUCGUUUCUGAGAGCCAUGGAUCACGAGAACUCGAUAAGCUGUGAGAAGACAGCCGUGCUGCAGGGUGGAUUUCUGCUGGCCGGGCAGCUCUACCGGCCGCGCUCGCUGGCGGACCUGGAGAAGGGAGACUGGAGCAGGGUGGAACAGCCUGUGCUGCGGGCAGUGGCAGAAGUCUGCGGGGGCGCCAGGGCUGGAGCUCCGGACAGCGCUCAUUGGGAAAAAAAGAUCAUAUGUAUUUUGUGGAGCAAGCUCCUGGGGCAGGAGAAUGGAGCGGACAUUGACGCAAGGUGGCGGGAAGACCCUCUCUUUCCAGCACAGGAGGUUUUUCCCAGCAUAAGCCGGGCAGUCCUGUUCCAGUUGGUCCAGGCAAUGGGCUGUUCUGGGGUGUACACUGAGUUGCUGAUGUGCUUCCCCGCUCCGCUCCUGUGCGUAGAGCUCAGCAGGCUGCUCGAGCACCUCAGACGGGACAGCUCUCCUCGGGACGCCCAGCUCCUGCUGGAGGUGUGGUGGGAGCUGUGGAAAGACCAGCGUCACAGUCAACAGAGUCUGGACCGGACUUUUGCAGCUCAGUGUGCCCGAUACAGCAGCCCCUCCGGCGAGCUCCCAUGUCAGGCUCCCAAGCGGCUGAAAGCAGACCCAGACGCAGCUCGUGCUGCCACCUGUGUACCAUCACUGCUCUUCCAGGCACUGAAGGAAAUGGAAAGCUACGUGAACUCACCCGGUCUGACCUGCUUCGCCCUCUCCAACUGCCUGGACACCCUGUACUCGUCGUUCUUAUUAGAGCAUGCUACCUACACCAAGGGCACUGAUCUGCACAGUCUCACUUGGGAGGUCCGUCUGAGGGAGGAAUACAAUCAGGCAGCCGGUCCUAGGCUGGAGGAGAUCAUUAGAGAAGUUCAGAGAGACCAGGCUGGGGGCAGGAGCCGCUCGCCUUUCCGUGUGGAGGACAUGUCCCUCUUGCAGGGCCUGAGGGCUACAUGCACCCUCGCCCAGGCCUGGCGGAGUCGAGGGCUGCUGAAAAUUCCAGACGCGGAGGUGCUGGGCUCGGCUACUCUGAGGCUCAAACGAAGCCUGCUGCUCGUGAUCCGUGCCUUGGAGGACCUGCUGGGGUCUGGUGGGUUAGUGGAAGCUGAGAGGUGUGACGUGAGUGACCUGAAAGACCAGCUGAAGGACCUGGAGGUGCUGUCUCUCCCUGACCCACAAUUCAGUUCUGCAGAGAUGGCUCGAGUUGCCAUGGCAAUCAUCGACCAUCGGCUAGAGGGACAUGAGGAUGUGGCGCUCAGGUUUGCGUCGGAGCUGGACUGGGUUUCCAGUGGGACAGAGUGGAUCAGCUGCCUGGAGAGAAACAAAGAGGUGUUUCAGUGCAAAGAGCUGGUUCUGAAGCUACUCUCCACCCUUGCUGUGAUGUGCCAGCUAGAGGCUGAUGUCCUGCAGUGUAAGAAGCUGAGGUCCAUCAUCGCUGACAUCUUCUCGGAGCUUCCACUGCCUUGCAAGAAUGAGACGCUGGUGGCGGUGCUGGCUUCUUGGGGGAAAGGCGGACUCCGUGGCUUCCUGCCCCAGGCGCUGUCCGAGGGCUUUGCUGAGGAGCUUAACCUGGCCUUUAACAGCAUCAUUCAGAGCAGGGCGGCGGGCAGCAUGGGCCCCGCCGUGUCUGCUGUCGCCCGCGUGGCGCUCCAGGACCCUGAGGCCACCUUGAGGCGCUGUUGCCAGUUGGCCGUGGUGAACCUGGGGGCCCAUUCUCUACUGGCCCAAAUCCUCCAGCAGCUGCCUGGGCUCUGCUACCCCCAACCCAAGGCGGGGGCUCAGACUGGGGAGAGCCUGCUGUGUGGCUGCCUGCGGGAUGCCGUGUGGGAGAAGCUGUCCUCCUCCAAAGAGGAGGAGCAAUUCCUGCAUUUCAUUGCUGCUUUAAUGGGUCCAGUCGCACUGACCCAGGAAGCAGCGGUGGAGCCCUUGCUGGCUCCUGAGGAGGUGGUGCGUACGUUUGUCCUGCCUUGCUUGUCACCGUUGUCUUCCUGGAGGCUGGAACUCUGUCUGCAGGUGCUUCUUGCAGCCUUGAAGUUGGCCUGUCAGCCCGGGGUGACGCACUGGGUGAUGAGCUGCUCCCCUUUCCCCUUCCUGUUCACUCUUGGCCGGCUUUUGGAUGACAGCUGCAGGUGCUGGGAGGAGCCAGCAGAUGGCAGCCUUCACACAUCCAUGGAGUCCAAAGAGCUGCUGAUCCAGGCUUUGACUGUGCUGGCAGAGCUGGUGGGCCAGGAGGUGGCUGCCGCCCCUGACUCCUGGUCCAGGGCCAUCUUUUGGCUCUACAGAAAAGCAGAAUCCCUGGACUGGACAGUGCGCCUCCACUUCCGGCCUGUUUGGGGGGCACACUUCAAAAACGAGGUACCAAAGUCACUGCUGGACGUGUGUGAGCUGCCAGAGCAGGACUGGUGUGCCCUGAAGAUGCCCCAGUAUGGAGCAGGGACAGGGCUGCUGGCCUGGGCUGAGUGCUGCUGCUACUCGGACUCGGUGCAGGAGAAGCUUCUGAGCUGGCUGAGCCUGGACCAGAGCCGCGCGGAGGACGUCCGCAUGUUCAGCAAGGGGCUGAUGGUGGCGCUGACACAGGUGCUGCCCUGGUGCACUAUGGCGGAGUGGGCCAGGCUGCUGGGGGCCGUGCGCGGCCUGCUGGUCUCGGACCGGCUGUAUGUCCCCUACUCGCUGGAGUACGUCGACUUCCUGCCGCUGCUGGACCUGCGGCCGCUAGCCACCGAGCUGCGCCUCUCCGUGCUGCUCUUGCGUGUUUUCCAGCUGCUGUGCGGCCCCAGCUGCGCAGCCUGGCUGUCUGCGGGGGGUGUGGCGCACGUAGGUCGCCUGUACGCCGUUGCCGUGCGGGGCAUGGCCUCAUCGCUGCUGGAGAAGCUGCCGGCCCCAGAGACGGCCGGUAACCGUGAUGACGGCAGAGGCGCUGCGGCCGCGGUCCUGUUUGCGCUGAUCCAGAUGUUCUGUCACACGCUGCACGUACAGGUGAUGCUCCCGGGCCCGGCUGAGUCGCUGUGCCUCGGCGCCCUGGAGCUCGUCACGCAGUGCCAGGCUGUGCUGGCCGCCCACCCGAGCUCCAGCUCCGCCCUCCAGAGGGACGACAUGCGGCACUUCAUGACAUCCAUCGCUAACAAUGUGCAGAGUGUGGAGAUGAGGACUGCACUCUGCCAGAAGAUUGCUCAGCUAUGAAGGCACCCAGUAGAAAAUUCUGAACAUAAAAUCAGGUUUUGUGCUUGUGUGUUAAAUUGAGUUGUGGCUGAACCUUCACAGUAAUGAUGGAAAGGAAAGACCUUGGGGUUUGUGUGUGAAGAAUAUAAAUUGAAUGUUUCUUCCUGCCCCCAGCCAGUAAAUGAUGCUGGGGUCUCAUUUCAGCCUUUGCUUUGCUGCCCCGCCUGAGGAGGAGCCAUUAACUCUCCUGAUCCUGCUGGACAGAAGAGUUAGUCUCCCUCUGUACACUGACAGACCUGGAUCUGAUCCUUCACUGUUUACUCUGAUUGCAGCUGUAUUGCUUAUUUGUUUCUAUAAAGCAGCUUAUUUUACAUUUAA